AUUCGCGGCAGUGAGCAACAUGAACUGCGUGAGAUUGAUCUUCGUGCUGAGCUGUUUGUGGCUCAGCUCGUCCGCCAGUGAGCCGGCUGACCCCCUGGUGGUGGAGCUGCCCCCGGGCAAGCUGCGUGGUCGCGAUAAUGGAUUUUACUACAGCUACGAGUCGAUUCCCUAUGCCGAAUCGCCCACGGGAGAGCUGCGUUUCGAGGCGCCGGAGCCGUACAAGCAAAAGUGGCUGGACACCUUCGAUGCCAGCCAGAAGCCAGUGGUGUGCCUGCAGUGGGAUCAGUUCACCCAGGGCGACGACAAGCUGGCCGGCGAGGAGGACUGUCUGACCGUCAGCGUGUACAAGCCGAAGAACGGCAGCCGGGACAGCUAUCCGGUGGUGGCGCACAUUCACGGAGGCGCCUUCAUGUUCGGCGCAGCAUCGCAAAAUGGACACGAGAACGUGAUGCGAGAGGGCAAGGUUAUACUGGUGAAGAUAAGCUAUCGCCUGGGGCCGCUGGGUUUCGCCAGCACCGGCGAUGCGGAUUUGCCGGGUAACUAUGGUCUGAAGGAUCAGCGCCUGGCUCUGCAGUGGAUCAAGCAGAACAUAGCCAGUUUUGGCGGAGAGCCGGAGAACAUCCUGGUCGUGGGACACUCCGCCGGUGGAGCUUCGGUUCAUCUGCAGAUGCUUCGUGAAGAUUUCUCCCAGUUGGCCAAGGCGGCGAUCUCGUUCAGCGGCAAUGCCCUGGAUCCUUGGGUCAUGCAGCCGGAGCAGGGUGCCCGGGGACGAGCCUUCGAGCUGGGUCGCAUUGUGGGCUGCGGGCUGGCUGCGGAUUCGGAGAGCCUCAAGAAGUGCCUGAAAUCCAAGCCUGCCAGUGAUAUAGUAACCGCUGUCCGCAAUUUCCUUAUAUUUUCCUACGUGCCCUUUGCCCCAUUUGGUCCUGUGGUGGAACCCUCGGAUGCUCCGCAAGCCUUCCUCAUCCAGGAUCCCACUGAGGUGAUAAAAAGCGGUAAGUUCGGACAAGUUCCCUGGGCAGUGACCUAUGUCACAGAGGACGGUGGCUACAAUGCGGCCUUGCUUUUGGAGGACUGGAACAAAUCGGGAAGGAGCGUGCUUGAGGAGCUCAACGAUCGUUGGUUCGACUGGGCGCCCUAUCUACUGUUCUAUCGGGACGCCAAGAAGAGCAUACGGGAAAUGGAUGAUUACUCGCGAAAAAUAAGGCAGGAAUAUGUGGGCAACCAGAGAUUCACGACCGAAAACUAUUGGGAACUGCAGCAGCUAUUCACGGAUGUCCUUUUCAAGAACAGCACCCAGGACUCCUUGGACCUUCACCGUAAACAUGGAAAGAGUCCCGCCUACGCGUUUGUCUAUGACAAUCCAGCAGAUAGGGGAAUCGCACAGGUUCUGACCAAGCGACGGGAUAUUCCCUUUGGUACUGUUCAUGGGGACGACUACUUUUUGAUCUUCGAAAACGUGGUACGAGAUCCCCAACUACGUCCGGAUGAGAAAAUAAUAUCUAGAAACUUUAUUAACAUGCUGGCGGACUUUGCUCUCAGUGACAGCGGCACUCUAAAAUACGACGAAUGCGUUUUCGAAGACAACGUGGGCAGUGAGAAUUUUAACUUAUUAUUUAUACACAAGAAUGGUUGUGAGAAUAAACAAUAUAAAGAGUUCCCCUAAUUUUCUCGAAGGAAAUAAAAUUGAAAUUGAUUUUACAGAA